AUGAAGACGCAAAACGACGCAGCUUUGGCCCUUACGCGUAAAAUAGUCAUUUCCGAGGCACGUCACUCUAACUUCGUCUUCUCUCCGGCGUCAAUCAGCGCCGCGCUCACUAUGAUGGCUGCUGGUAACGGCUCCGGCUCCGAAGAGCUUAACGCCGUCUACAGCGAGAUCGCUACCGUCGUUUUCGCUGACGGCAGUGCCAGUGGUGGCCCCAAAAUCUCGGCGGUUAACGGCGUUUGGGUCGAGCAAUCACUCCCGCUUGAUCAUUCGUUGAAAGAUCUCUUUGAGAAUGUCUUCAAGGCUACUUUCGCUCAAGUUGACUUCAAAUCCAAGGCUGAAAAAGUGCGCAAAGAGCUGAAUAAUUGGGCUUCAGCUCACACAAAUGGUCUCAUCAGAGAUAUUCUUCCUCCUGGUUCCGUUAAUUCUUUAACCAAACAGGUUUAUGGAAACGCAUUGUACUUCAAAGGAUUCUGGAAAGACAAAUUCAACAAGUCUUUGACGAAAGAAGAAGAGUUUCACCUUCUUAAAGGCAAACCGGUACGUGUGCCUUUCAUGAGAAGCUACGACAGACAAUACAUUGGGGUUUACGACGGUUUCAAGGUCCUUGGACUACCAUACCGACAAGGCCGUGAUGAUGAUGGUACCAACCGGAAAUUCUCAAUGUAUUUCUAUCUUCCGGACAAGAAAGAUGGAUUGGACAAUCUUCUUGAGGAGAUGACAUCAACUCCUGGAUUCUUGGAUAGUCACAUUCCGAAAUACAAAGUUUUAGUUGGCGAUUUCAGAAUUCCAAAGUUUAAAUUCUCCUUCAUGUUUGAGGCUUCAAGGGCUUUGGAGGGAGAGGUUUUAGUGGAAAUGUACCAUAAAGCUCGUGUGGAGAUUGAUGAAGAAGGGGCUGAAGCUGCGGCUGUCACUUUUUUUGGACAGAAGGUAGGCUUGUCUCUCUUCAAGCCUCCUCCUCCGAAGAGGAUAGAUUUUGUGGCGGAUCAUCCAUUUCUUUUCUUGAUUAGAGAAGACAAAACCGGAACUGUUUUGUUCGCUGGUCAAAUCUACGAUCCUAGCAAGUAG